AUGCCUCCCCUGCUGCAUGCUUCCAUGCUUUUCCCCACGCUGCUUUAUUGCCCUCUCUUCUCUUCCCCUCCCUUCUCCUCCCCUCCCUCCCCUCUCCUCCCUUCUCUGGCCCUCCUAUGUCCUCCCCUGUUUGCCCCUUCGCUCCCCCAAUUUCUCCUUCCUUUGUCCUCCCUCUCGCCCAAACACUCGAUUCCCUUUCAUCUGCCUCCCAUGCACCUGCGUCCCACCCCCCCGCCUCGCAUCCACCUGCCUCACGUCCACUCUCUGCACCUCCUCCUGCGCCUCUCCCCUGCAUUCCGCGUUCACCUCUUCAGUCGACCUUCUGUCCCCCCCCUUUUCCUCCUGCCAGCCCACACUUUCCUGAUCCCACCCUCCCCUCACCCCUCUCGAACUCCCUCCCCUCUCCCCUCUCUGAACCCUCCCUCAUUUCUCCCCUCCCACCCCAACUCUCGGUCCUCCUGCACGCCACUCAUGUUCCACCCAUCCCGUGCCUCCAUACCUCCCACCAUCCCUAUAGCCCCCACCUCCCCCAUGCCUCAAACCUUCACCAUGGGCCAACCCAUACAUACCUCCCACAUUGCUGGGUUCACCCACACCCGCCCCCCCCCCCCCCCCUCUUCGCUGCGGCCCCCUUCGUUCCCCCACUUGCGCCCCUUUACCCACUCCCCUCCGCAGUCCCCCACGCGGGCCCCCAUCAGCCCUUCCUUGCGCCCCUGGCGUGAACUCUCCACCCUUCCCUCUCUCCCGCCCUUCCCCACCCCUCCGCCUGCACCUUCUCCCCUCCUCCGCCAUCCUCCGCUCCUUGAUCCCCCUUCUCCCAUCCCUUCCCACUCCACGCGGUGGCCCGUCACUACUGCCCCGUCUGCGCACCCUCGCACACUGGCGCGCACACCAAUUUGCACGGGCUCCUAA